CAUACAACCAUCUUCGACCACCGACAAGAUGGAUCCAUCCCAGCUGGGCGCACAAAAUGCGCAACCAUGGAGCAGUAUGAAAGGCAAAUUGAACGACUCUCUGCUCCGUGGACUAGAAACGAUGCGCUACGAAUUCAUGUCGCCAGUCCAACAAAAAGUCCUGACCGAAUUGCCAUCUUUCAACGCCGACUGUCUGGUCCAAGCAAAAACAGGAACUGGAAAGACCAUCGCUUUCUUGGCUCCUUCGAUACACUCCCUUCUCAAGCAGCAAAAUGUGCCCAGAGGACAGGUCGCCAUUCUCAUCAUGUCACCCACCCGUGAACUUGCGCUCCAGAUCGCCGCGGAAUGUGAGGCCCUGACCACUCAACUCCAGCCGCGAAUGGAGGUUCACACGGCGUACGGCGGUACCAGCAAGGAACGCGAUCUGAAGAAAUUCAUGUCCGGAGAUCCCAAAGUUGUGGUCGCAACACCCGGUCGUUUGAAUGAUUAUCUGUCAGAUGACAAUGUUGCGCACAAAUUCUCCAACAUUCGCACUUUGAUCCUGGAUGAGGCCGAUCAGAUGCUCGAAGCCGGUUUCCUCAUCGCCAUCACCGACAUUCUCAGACGCUUGCCGCCCAAGACAACGGGAUGGCAGGGAAUGUGCUUCAGCGCAACAAUGCCGAAGAAGAUCGAGGGCGUUCUACCCAAGGUCCUGAAGGCGGGCUACACCCACUUGUCCACGAUCGAUCCAAACGAAACUCCAACCAUCGACAAGGUCCAGCAGCACAGCGUCGUCGUGCCAUCACCAGGCGAUGUGUACACCGCUUUGUGGGCCAUGCUUCAGAAGGAGUACGAAGCAAGUCCAACUAAUUACAAGGUCAUUGUCUUCGGAACGACCGCCAACGGUGUCGCUCUGAUGAACUCGCUCUUCUCCAACCUCCUCGCGGGAAACAAUGCCAUUAAAGUGUUCCAACUCCAGUCUCGCCUCUCCCAAGCUGCGCGUACGCGCACAACAAACGAAUUCAAAGUUGCAACCGCUGGAAUCAUGUUUGCCAGCGAUGUCAUCGGCAGAGGUAUGGACUUCCCCAACGUGAGCCUGGUCAUUCAAGUUGGUCUCCCCUCCAGCGGCGACCAGUACGUCCACCGCGUUGGUCGUACCGCCCGCGCAGGCAACGAAGGCCGCGCCAUCAUCCUCCUAACUCAGCGCGAGAGUUUCUUCCUCCGAGUCAACCGGCAGCUGCCCAUCACACCAUACCCCAACGACCUCACAGCGACUGCUGCUUCGCAAGCACAAGCUGUCGAGGGCGCUUUCAACCAAGUCGACGAGAUCACCAAGUCAAAGGCGUACCAAGCAUGGCUCGGAUUCCACAAGACUUUCACGAAGCAAUUGCAGCUCAGCAAUGAUGGAUUGGUUGCAGAGGCCAAUGCGUAUGCUGAGGCGAUGGGAUGCCCGGAGCCGCCUAUGAUCGACAAGAUGGUUGUUGGUAAGAUGGGUCUCAAGGGUGUGAAUGGGUUGAACGUCGGCCAUAUUGAGCGUACUGGGGGUGGUCGUCGUGGUGGUGGAGGUGGCGGUGGGGGUCGAGGUGGUGGUGGCGGCGGAGGAGGGCGAAUUGAGAAGACUGGCAGUGGUGGAGGUGGCGAGCGCGAAGGUCGGGGAGGUGGGCGUGGUGGUGGCGGUGGCCGAGGUGGAGGCAGAGGCAGAGGUCGCGGUGGACGAGGUGGCGGAAGAGCGUACAUCAACGCACCACCGCGCUCUGCCGACGUUCCUACUCACCUGAUUGACGGCGUGCACGAGGCAAAAGUCCGGGACGACGAUGGAUAG